GCAGCCCCGGCUGCGCAUUGUUCCACUGGCUCCGGCAGAGACGUGAGGCAAAAAAAACAGCGUGGUCAGGCCGAGGAGCCGAAGGACCCACAAAGAGUUGUGAUCACAGCCAAAGUUGUGAGCUAUCGCAGCAGUGUCUCGGCAGCAGCCCCAGCACACGACGGCCGGCCACUCGCCGCCCACUGACUGCCGCCGCCGCACCCCGCCCGGCGGCGCACAGCGAGCAGCGCGCAGCCUCAUGGCGGUGGCAACAGUGGAUGACUCUGUGCUGGAUCUCGUGCGGAAGCACAUGCGCGAGGUCAAGGUGCCGGGGAACUAUGACCGGGUCUACAAGGAUGAGUGCAUGUUCUGCUUUGCCUCGCCCGAGUCCCCAGGCGGCCUCUACAUCAACCUCGCCACCCACCAAGCCUUUGACGAGGAACACAUGGAGCUGGACCAGCAGCGCACCAGCGCCAUGCUCUAUCUGCACCGACAGGCUCGCCGGGUGCCACUCAGCGAAGCGGAACUCAAAAAGCGGGAGGACGAGAAGCCCAACAAGAUGGCCAUCGGGGUGAAGGGCGGGUUCCAGCUGGACGAAAAAGAUUACCGUUUAGAGACCGAAGAGGCGCUGGUGCUGUUGCCUGCAUGGCUGCGAAUCCCCCUGCCAUGCCCCGAGCUACCAGAACUAGUGCUGUCGUGCAUUACGGCAGUGCAGAAGCAUGACAGCGCCAGCCACCAGGCAAGCCUCAGUGCCUGGCAUGAAGAGCGGAGAGUCAGCAAGUAUGCCGAGCACCUCGAGCAGCUUCCGGCCACCCGAAACAUCCCUAUGGACCCCAAGGAGUGGAAGUGUGAUGAGACUGGGUUGCAGGAGAACCUUUGGCUCAAUCUUUCGACAGGCUUCAUUGGCUGUGGACGCCAGCAAUAUGGCAUGGACUCGGGCACCGGCUCUGCAAUGAAACAUUAUGAGGCGACGGGGCGCAAAUACCCGCUGGUGGUCAAGCUGGGCACAAUCACGCCACACGGCGCCGAUGUGUACAGUUAUGCUCCAGAGGAGGAUGACAUGGUGCUGGACCCGCACCUGGCACGCCACCUGGCGCACUGGGGCAUCGACAUGAUACAGAUGGAGAAGACAGAGAAGUCCAUCGCUGAGCUGGAGAUUGACCAAAACGUGGCCAUGGAGUUUGACAAGAUCACAGAGGCAGGUGCACACCUGAAGCCACUGUCGGGACCAGGGUUUGUGGGCCUGACUAAUUUAGGCAACAGCUGCUACAUGAACAGUGUGCUGCAAUUGUUGUGGGCUUUGCCCGAGCUGCAUCAGCGUUAUGUGGAUAAAGCGGCACACAUCUUCAAGACCGCCCCUCAGGACCCUGCCGUUGACUUUGCCACUCAGUUCGCCAAGGUUAGUGUGGCCGAGCGACUUGGAAGAGGGAGUUGGAGAAUGCCUGCUUUAUGCCACAAGUCGAACACCUGGCAGCCUACUGUGCGCCCGCAGGCGUUUAAGAGCCUGGUGGGGAAGGGCCACUCAGAAUUCAGCUCCGGCAGGCAGCAGGAUGCACAGGAGUUCUUUGGGCACCUGCUGGAGGUGUUGAGCCGCGCAGAACAUGCGGCUGGAAGCCGCCUGCCGGGUGCUGCUGCGGAACCCACCACUCGUCUUUUCAAGUUUGGCACAGAGGAUCGCAUCCAAUGCACCGAGACGGGCAGGGUGCGACUCAUUUUGCGCUGCCGUGUGUUCUGCACCCUGCAUAUUCCAAUGGAGGCCGCUGAGAACCGCAACGAGUUGGAGCAGUUCCAAGAGCGGCAGCAGAAGCGGCAGAAGCUAAAGGAGGAGGGGUCGGCAGCGGCAGAUGAGCACGUCACACCCCGCGUGCCCUUCACCGCCUGCCUGGAGAUGUGGGCUGCAGACAACCUGGUGGAUGGCUACAGCUCGGCGGCAGCAGGCAGGAAGACGCAGGCCGCCAAGCGUCCCCGAUUCUCCUCCUUCCCUCCCUACCUGCUGGUCCAGAUGCUGCGCUACUAUCGAACAGAGACAGGGGAGGAGAAGAAGUUGGAUGUGGAGAUUCCGGUGCCAGAGGAACUGGACUUGGAGCCGCUGCGGGCGCAGGGCCUGCAGGCGGGCGAGCAGCUACAGCCAGAUGCGCCAGACGAGCCACCCGCCGCUGCUUCACAUGGCGCCGCAGCCCCGGCAGCCCCGCCAGGCCCUCAACCCGACGACACCAUCGUUGCCCAGUUGGUCUCUAUGGGGUUCUCAGAGAAUGGCAGCAAGCGUGCAGCGCUGGCGGUGGGCAACAGCAGCACUGAUGCUGCCGCCACCUGGGUGUUUGACCACAUUGAAGACCCUGACUUCAACGACCCGCUGCCGGCCUCUGGCAAGGCCAGCACUGGUGGGGUUGCAGGUGGCGGCCCCGGCGCACCGGAGCCUAGCGCCGAGAGUCUGUCCACGCUGGGAGAUAUGGGUUUCAACGAGCGCCAGGCGCGUAUCGCGCUGGCCGCCUGCCAGGGUAGUGUGGAGCGUGCAGUCGAUUGGCUGUUCAGCCGCCAUGACAACCUGGAUAUUGAGGUGGAGGAAGCGGCGGCGACAAGCACCAGCGCCGCAGGCGGCAGCAUGGCGGCAGCCCCAUCGGGUGACGCCAGUGCAUCAGCAGCCCAACUGCUGGAUGGCCCGGGCCAGUACGAGCUGGUGGGUAUUGUCAGCCACAUGGGUGCCAACACCACUUGUGGCCACUACGUGUGCCAUGUCAAGAAGGAGGGGCAGUGGGUCAUCUUCAACGACGAGAAGGUGGCUGCUAGCCAGCACCCUCCGUUUGAUCGAGGCUACCUCUACCUCUACCGGCGGCGCCAGUGACCGUCAAGACGCAGAAUUGUUGUUGGGCAAGGCAGCAGAUGUGUCGUUUGUUCAAUCACCAGCUCAUGAUGCGAUGCAAGGGAGUUUAGGCAUUGCAAGCAACACAAGGUUCUAAAUAGAAAAAAUCACACCAGCUCGUCUUGCACAGCUCAAAAGGGACGCGGCACGCGCUUUAACAACUGGGAAGGAGCAGUGCACGGCCCCUUAAAUGGAGGUGAUGGGUGAGUAGUCGAUGCAUUGGACGCCGCCGUAGAAGUGGGGGGACUGCACGAUUUGGCGAGCCGUCUCCAUGUGCACGCUAAUGAUGCGCUCAUUGCCCAGGUUGAGGAUGUUGCACCCAUACUCCAGCUGGUGGUGCGGCUUGAUUGGGAUGAUGUGGUAGCCGUUGUCUCGCAUGUACUGGCUGAACUCCACACCCUGCCUGGACAGCCCAUAGCUGCCAUCGCUGCCCUUGGUGUACUCGUCCACCAGGCGCCGCGUGGGGCUGCCCUCCCCCAUCAUCUCCUCCAGCAUGAUGCAGACAUUGUCGCUGACAAUGCUGAACACGCAAUCCAGGUGCAUGCGGUCCUGGUGCUGCUCGUAGUCAUCACGCACCACUGCAAAGCGCCGCGUGCCCAGCAGGUCCUGGUCCAUCAGCUGCUGGCAGGCAUCAAAAUUGGAGCGCAGCCCAAUGCCCAGCAGCGCCAGAUCGCGGCUCGCGGG